CCGAGAACUCCUAAUAUAGACCCAACUGCACUGAGGACAGGAUCCUAGACUCAAAGUCACCAACGCUUUGGAGUUUGCUGUGUUGAAAAUAACAUUUUCAUGGCCACGCAAGACAAAUAUGGAGCCUCGAACUCAGGUGUCAUUCCCAGAAAAGAUGCAGGAAACGCAGACACAAGAUGCUGAUGCCACAGUCUACAUGAAUUUUAUGAAAAACCAUCGCUGCUACGACGCCAUUCCAACCAGCUGUAAACUGGUCAUAUUUGAUACCACGCUACAAGUGAAGAAGGCCUUUUUUGCACUGGUGGCAAAUGGCUUAAGAGCUGCACCGCUGUGGGACAGCAAGUUACAGAGAUUUGUGGGCAUGCUGACCAUUACAGAUUUCAUCAACAUCCUUCACUACUACUACAAGUCCCCUAUGGUUCAGAUGUACGAGCUGGAGAAUCACAAGAUUAACACAUGGAGAGGUGAUUCAUUUCAAAAAGUCUACUUACAGUAUUCCAACCACUUCCUCAUUAGUAUUUCUCCAGAGGCCAGCCUCUUUGAUGCCAUCUAUUCCUUGCUCAAACAUAAAAUCCACAGACUCCCCGUCAUCGAUCCAGAGUCUGGAAAUGUCUUACACAUUCUGACCCACAAAAGAAUCCUCAAGUUCCUGCAUAUAUUUGGUAAGAAGAUUCCCAAACCUGCCUUUGUUCAGAGACAGAUCCAGGAGCUGGGAAUUGGUACUUUUAGGAACAUCGCUACCGUUCAGCAAACAGCAACACUUUACGAAGCCCUCUCCAUUUUUGUGGAGAGGAGGGUUUCUGCAUUACCUGUGGUGGACAAACAAGGAAAAGUGGUUGCUCUCUACUCAAGAUUUGAUGUCAUUAAUCUAGCAGCCCAGAAGGCUUACAACAAUCUAGACAUGACGAUGCAGGAGGCGAUCCGCAGGCGAAUUUGUUUCAUCGAGGGUGUGAUCAAGUGCUACCCGGAUGAAACUCUAGAAACCAUCAUAGAUCGCAUUGUACACGCUGAGGUCCAUCGGCUGGUCCUGGUGGACCGGGCUGACGUGGUGAAGGGCAUCAUCUCUCUGUCUGACCUGCUGCAGGCCAUGGUCUUAACUCCUGCAGGUAUUGACGCCCUUUUGUCCUAGCACCGGGGGUCCCUUUCCCUCCUUUAACGCCCGUGUAGGCUUGAGUCCUGGUCGUGUACAGUGGAAGGUAGGCCUCUGGAGCUUCUCCCCCACCUAAGUAUCCCCCAACCCAACCACUCACACUGUUGUCAGCACCCAGAGGUCUUGACCCCCAUAUGUCAUCUUCUCAGAGCAACAGAAAACCCUGUGCUACUUUCAGACGAGUCUCACUGAAUGCUGUGCAUGACUGCAUUCAAACACACAUGGACUCCUGUAUCCUCACUGCUGGAGAAUAAUACUUAACAUGCCACAUUUAUCAGACUUCUGAAAAGAUUUUUUCAUUUCAGAGAUGAGACUGAAAUGAAAGAUGCCAAGAAAAUGAAGAAUUCCCCGGCUGUGCUGCUGUUUACAUACAGAUAUUAAUGCUCUUCAUGCUGUUUACUGUGUUUGGCACAUGUUGAGGUAAAAAUGGACACAGUGAGCUGACCAUUUUGGCCACUCUUGAUCAAAUUGAUCAGUAUGUUUACUCAGUGUUGUAUAUUUCUGUAUUAAACGUUUCUAUCAAAACAUGUUUUAGUGUUCUGUUGUGAAGAAGAAUUGAAGCUAUGACUGAAAUUGCUGGGAGCAGGCUUAUACAAAAAAUAUAAAUAAAUACUCACCAUAAAAAAUCAGUCAUACAAGGGAAAAAUAAAUGGAACCAUUUAUUGAAUAGAACAUAAAUGUUUAUCUGAUAAGAAGUGGCAGCUCAAGAGUAACAGAGCUGUCCUAUGAGGCUGAGCACAGCAGUGUUUUGUCCUUUAUGUAAUGUGCACAAGUGUCUUCAACCACACGGUGGUACACUUGGGCUUUAACCCCAUACUCUCUACACAGUAAACAAGGAAACACGUGACUGCAUUUUUUUCUCAUCCGUGACGGGCCUUGUGAUCCGUCCGCCCAUCUGUGACAUUGGUUCAGUAAGCGAUCACAAAUUAUCACCAAUUAAACCGGAAAUAGACGUUGCCUUCAAAAUAAAACUUAAAAUGACGAAAAAGUAUUUGUCCCCUUUAUGGUGUUAGAAUAUUUACCGAGACAGCCCUGAUGGUCAAAACACAAUAGUAUUUCGAAAAAUAUAACAAAAUGUUGGGCUUUUUGAUGUCAUGUCUAUAUAAACCAGCUGCCGUUAUUCUUCUAUCAUUAUGUGAAAAUAAACAGAGUUUGUAUGUCUGGAACCUUAGAAGGUUAAAUGAAA